UAGGUAGUAAAUGCUCUGAUCGUUUAUUGUGUUUUGAAACGUGAAGAAGUGAACGUGAACUGUGGUAAAACUCAAAUCGGAAAUGGCCCGUACGACGCAAACUGCACGCAAAUCGACUGGUGGAAAAGCCCCACGCAAACAACUGGCCAUCGCUAUCGCCCUGGAACAGGUGAGAUCCGUCGGUACCAAAAGAGCACUGAGCUUUUGAUCCGCAAACUGCCUUUUCAGCGUCUGGUGCAUGAAAUCGCUCAGGAUUUUAAGACUGAUUUGCGAUUAUAUGUUUUUACGUAUAUGUAUAUCAUUUUUCGAUAUAAAAAGUUUUGCAUAGAGGGGGUAUUUUUAAAAUUCCCAACGGUGCUUUCGGGCUUGAACAGUAUUGCCCCACGGUUUCGUUUUUUUCCCUGGUUUGUGUCAAUGAUAAUGCAUGUUAGAGGAUUAUCCGAACGCUGCGCAGACGGUCACACUACUAUUUACACGCCCAAAAAAUUAUUCAAUUGAAACGCGAAGAAAAACACAAAUAUUACGAUGAACACGCUGGAGAAAUGCGUGCUGUCCGCCAUUGUGCUCUUCUGCCUGCUGCAAAUGGGCCAGGCGAUCAAAUGCUGGGAUUGUCGCAGCGAUAACGACCCCAAAUGCGGGGACCCCUUCGACAACAGCACCCUGGCGAUCACCGACUGCCAGCAGGUGCCGGAUCUGGACCACCUGCAGGGCGUGCGGCCGACGAUGUGCCGCAAGAUCCGGCAAAAGGUGCACGGGGAGUGGCGCUACUUCCGCAGCUGCGCCUUCAUGGGCGAGCCGGGCAUCGAGGGCGACGAACGCUUCUGCCUGAUGCGAACUGGCAGCUACAACAUCUUCAUGGAGUUCUGCACGUGCAACAGCAAGGACGGCUGCAACUCUGCGGGCAUCCAUCGGCUUGGACUUAUGGGCGUCCUCUCUGGCACACUGCUCUCGGCAAUUGUGGCCCAUCUGCUGCGGCAAUAGGUGGAUACGCCAGCUCCAGUUGUAGCCAAUGCCACGCCUCAUCCGCCACAAGACUGUCCAGGAACAGGAAAACAUCCAAAACAGCAUUAUUCGCAAACAGUUUAGCAUGUUUGCUUGUGUGUUCGACUUAGAUAGAAACUGGAAAGGUGUAUAAUUGUAACCGAGAUAUGUACCUAAUAUUUGUAACAUUUGUAAACUACUUCCUUGAAAGCCGCUUAACUGGCGUACGGACAGUCUUGCGGAAAAUGAGCGAUGUGUAAUCAAGUGCCUUUCUUUAGACGACUCGAAUUGUAACUUAAGACUAAAAUAUUGUUUCCGUCCAAAAAGUAUCUUACGCAUAUGACAUUCCAUCUCGUGAACAGAAUCUUGUAAUACUUUCUAUUUUCUACAUGUAUUUUGUAAUGUUUUUACAAACGCCUAGAUUUAGUCGCCAAAUGUCUUACAAGUUUUUAUUGUAAUGCAAAGACAAAUAUGACAAUUUUGUAAUUGAAAUAAACGGUUAUACACCAGG